CGAAAUCAUUAUCCAUCAUUUCCGUACACAAACGAUGAGCCGGUAUCCGGGAACUAUUAUCCAGUUACCAGUCGUAUAUUCAUACGAGAUUCGCAGACGCAGCUAACAUUGCUUACGGAUCGUUCGCAAGGUGGCACAAGCUUGAAUGAUGGUGAACUUGAAUUAAUGCUACACCGCCGCUCAUUCUACGAUGAUAAUUUUGGUGUUUCCGAACCACUGGAUGAGCCCGGUGAAAAAGGACAAGGACUUGUUGUACGUGGUCGACACUGGCUCGUUGUGGACGUUCCGGAGAAGUCGGCAAAAAUGCAUCGCCCACUGGCUUAUGAAAUUUACAAUUCGCCAUUGGUGACACUUUCGGAACGCAGCAUGGUACCAUCUGAUUAUUGUCGGGCAUUUAUUACAGAGGUUACUAUGCGUUCUUUGUAG